CUCGAUAGAAAACCGACGCCGCGCGCCGCGCUGUGACACUCGUUGGUGAGCUCCCGUGGCGGAAGGAUCGUCGCUGCUCGUCGGUGAUCUCUCGUUCUUCGCGCGCCGUCGUUCGUACGUGUUCCGAUUUUCGGAGUGCGAGGCUCGUGCACUUGCGUUUUUUUUUCGCGUUUCAUUCGGAUUUAGUAUUUGUUAAUAUUGUGAAAUAAUGCCUGAGGACGUGAGCAUGGCGGACGCCGGCGAGGUGGAGACCUUCGCCUUCCAGGCCGAGAUCGCCCAGUUGAUGAGCCUGAUCAUCAACACCUUCUACUCGAACAAGGAGAUCUUCAUCCGAGAACUGAUCUCCAACUCGUCCGACGCGUUGGACAAAAUUCGAUAUGAAUCUCUCACGGAUCCAUCCAAGCUGGAUACCUGCAAGGAAUUAUUUAUUAAGAUUGUUCCAAACAAGAACGACCGCACCCUGACGAUUCUCGAUUCUGGCAUUGGUAUGACCAAAGCCGACCUUGUAAAUAACCUGGGUACCAUUGCCAAGUCGGGUACGAAGGCGUUCAUGGAAGCUUUGCAGGCGGGCGCUGACAUCUCCAUGAUUGGACAGUUUGGUGUGGGUUUCUACUCGGCGUACCUCGUGGCCGACAAAGUCACCGUGAUCUCGAAGCACAAUGACGACGAGCAGUACCUGUGGGAGUCCUCCGCCGGCGGUUCGUUCACGGUUCGUCCCGACAAUGGUGAACCAAUUGGACGCGGCACCAAGAUCGUCCUGCACAUCAAGGAGGAUCAGACCGAGUAUCUGGAGGAGUCCAAGAUCAAAGAGAUCGUGAAGAAGCACUCUCAGUUCAUUGGCUAUCCCAUCAAGCUCGUCGUCGAGAAGGAGCGCGACAAGGAACUGAGCGAGGACGAGGAGGAGGAGCCCGCGAAGGAGGGUGCAUCCGAGGAUGAGAAACCCAAGAUCGAGGACGUUGGCGAGGAUGAGGAAGAAGAUAAGCCCAAGGACGAGAAGAAAAAGAAGAAGAAGACCAUCAAGGAGAAGUACACCGAAGACGAGGAGUUGAACAAGACGAAACCGAUUUGGACGAGAAAUCCAGACGAUAUCACGCAGGAGGAGUACGGCGAGUUCUACAAGAGCUUGACCAACGAUUGGGAAGAUCAUUUGGCUGUGAAACACUUCUCCGUGGAGGGACAGCUGGAAUUCCGAGCGCUGCUGUUCAUUCCGCGUCGCGCGCCCUUCGACCUCUUUGAGAAUAAGAAGAGGAAGAACAAUAUUAAGUUGUACGUACGUCGCGUCUUCAUCAUGGACAACUGCGAGGAUCUGAUCCCCGAAUAUCUGAACUUCAUCAAGGGUGUCGUGGACAGCGAGGAUCUGCCGCUUAACAUCUCUCGCGAGAUGUUGCAGCAGAAUAAAAUUCUAAAGGUCAUCAGGAAGAAUCUCGUCAAGAAGUGCUUGGAGCUCUUCGAGGAAUUGUCGGAGGACAAGGAGAAUUACAAGAAGUGCUACGAGCAAUUCAGUAAGAAUCUGAAAUUGGGCAUCCACGAGGACAGCCAGAACAGGAAGAAGCUGUCGGAGCUGCUGCGCUACCACACAUCCGCGUCCGGCGACGAGAUGUGCUCGCUGAAAGAUUACGUUGGUAGAAUGAAGGAGAGCCAGAAGCACGUCUACUACAUCACCGGCGAGAGCAGGGAGCAGGUGGCCAACAGUUCCUUCGUGGAGCGUGUGAAGAAGCGCGGCUUCGAGGUCGUGUACAUGACCGAGCCCAUCGACGAGUACGUCGUCCAGCAGCUCAAGGAAUUCGACGGAAAGCAACUGGUGUCCGUCACAAAGGAGGGUCUCGAGUUGCCGGAAGAUGAGGACGAGAAGAAGAAGCGCGAGGAGGACAAGGCCAAGUUCGAGAACCUCUGCAAGGUCAUGAAGGACAUCCUGGACAAGAAGGUGGAGAAGGUCGUAGUGUCCAACAGACUGGUCGACUCUCCGUGCUGUAUCGUCACGUCGCAGUACGGCUGGACGGCGAACAUGGAGAGGAUCAUGAAGGCGCAGGCGCUCCGCGACACGUCCACCAUGGGCUACAUGGCGGCGAAGAAGCACCUCGAGAUCAAUCCCGAUCAUCCCAUCAUGGAGAACCUGAGGCAGAAGGCCGAGGCGGACAAGCACGAUAAGUCCGUCAAGGAUCUAGUCAUGCUGCUCUUCGAGACUGCUCUGCUGUCGUCCGGCUUCGCGCUCGAGGACCCGCAGGUGCACGCUUCUAGAAUAUAUCGAAUGAUCAAGCUCGGCCUGGGCUUCGACGACGAGGAGACGUCGAACGCCGAGGACGAGAAGAUGGACAUGGAAGUGCCGACGUUGGAGGGUGACUCCGAGGAGGCGUCGAGAAUGGAGGAAGUGGAUUAAAGUUCUAAUUGAACCAUUCACGAUAAGAAUCUAAUAGGUCGCGAAUCCAAAGACUUUCUUAGAUCCGUGAAAAACGAAAGACUACUUUUUUUUUUAAUUUUAUUGUUCUAGCGCUCUUAUCUGUUUUCUUCAUUUCUCAGUGCCGAGAGAAUUGGAUGUUUAUGUUCAACUGGAAAUGUGCUAAUCUGUAUCUCAACUUUACAGAAUAACCAUAUCUUUAGCGAACGUGUCUACACGCAAUUCUAUCGACAAGCAAAGAUAUCUCGCCAUUUAAUUACGUCGAAAUGUUCAUUCAUUUGUAUUUUACGUGUCGCGCUUCGCCCAUCUUGCAUUAACAUUUUUUUGUACCUUUGCGUGUUUAGAUUCACUUACAUCAUUCCAUCAUCUUAUCUUAAAUUAAUGUAGAAUAAUGAUGUAAACACUGUGCGCAAUAAAAUAAAACGAAUCGUAUUUAAGAAA